UCUCAUGCCCAUGAGACCACCAAGCCUUCAUUAUAAUCAUGGCAUCUAACAAAACAUUCUUUUGCAUCUUCUUCUUCUUCCUUGGUCUCUUCCUACUAACAUCUUCGAAGGCCAUGGCCCAUUCCAUGAAAGCUCCACGGUUCAAAACCUCGCCACCAUGCAAAAGACUAGUUCUCUACUUUCAUGACAUCAUAUUUAACGGACACAACUCUCACAAUGCAACUUCCGCCAUAGUUGGAGCCCCAGCUUGGGGCAACCGAACCAUCUUAGCCACUCAGAACCACUUUGGAAAUGUCGUGGUGUUCGAUGACCCAAUCACACUUGACAACAAUCUUCACUCGGCCCCAGUGGGCCGAGCUCAAGGAUUUUAUCUAUACGAUAAGAAGGAUAUCUUCACAUCAUGGCUAGGGUUCUCAUUCGUCUUAAACUCGACGAAUCAUAGGGGAAGCAUCAAUUUUGCGGGUGCGGAUCCAUUGAUGAAUAAGACUAGGGACAUAUCGGUUAUUGGUGGGACGGGUGAUUUCUUCAUGACUCGAGGAAUAGCUACUUUGAUGACGGAUGCAUUUGAAGGGGAGGUUUAUUUUAGGCUCAAGGUUGACAUCAAGUUGUAUGAAUGUUGGAAACAAUAUUGAGAUCUUUCACAAAUGAACCUUACAAAAGG